UCUUAACCACUGCUCGCCCAGCGCAUUGACUUCCUGGUGGCGAUUGAAGGCGGGGCUUCGAUCGCCCGAACCCUAACGGCGCAUUUCGACCUUCGCAAAAUUGUUUGCUGCCAUGGCGAUCCUAUACGCGGUGGUGGCGAGGAAAACGCUGGUGCUGGCGGAGUUUUCCGCCGUCACCGGCAACGUCGGCGCCAUCGCCCGCCGGAUCCUCGAGAAUCUGGCGCCGGAGUCCGAUUCCAGGCUCUGCUUCUCCCAGGAUCGCUACAUAUUUCACGUCCUCAGGGCUGAUGCGAUCACCUUCCUCUGCAUGGCCAACGAAACGUUUGGGAGGAGGAUUCCUUUUAUGUAUUUGGAGGAUAUUCACAUGAGAUUCAUGAGAAACUAUGGCAAAGUAGCUCAUUCAGCGCUAGCUUAUUCAAUGAAUGAUGAAUUUUCAAGGGUGCUACAUCAGCAAAUGGAAUUCUUCUCUAGCAAUCCAAGCUCUGACACACUUAACCGUGUCCGAGGUGAAGUUAGUGAGAUACACACUAUAAUGGUGGACAAUAUCGAGAAGAUACUGGACAGGGGUGAUCGCCUUGCACUUCUUGUGGACAAGACUGCUACCAUGCAAGAUAGCGCUUUCCAUUUCAAGAAGCAAUCCAGACGUCUGCGGCAAGCUCUAUGGAUGAAAAAUGCCAAACUUUUAGCUGUGUUGACAUUUUCAAUCAUUCUGUUGCUGUACAUAAUCGUAGCAGCUUGCUGCGGCGGCAUCACUCUUCCAUCAUGCCGGUCAAAAUAGGUUUGAUCGAAUUCCAUAGUGGAGAACAAUGUCACCGCUGUGUAUAUUAAUUUGCCUUUUUGUUGCAACCUCGAAUGAGAACUUGUUAGGUAUAGUGAGUAGUUCACAUUCCUCUACUGGUUUCCUAAUGCACAAAGCCUAGUAAAUAAACCAGCUGUUCAUCCUGUUCGUGCCUUGAUUUCGAAUAUUGCAUAUUUAUUCCGAUCACUUAGUGUAAUGAAGAUUUGGUUGGUGUAUAAUCAUUCGAAGCUAUUUGUUUGGGAGAUCUUACAUA